UGCGCAGUGGAGAGAGUGGGAGUGAGGCGGACGGACAGAUUUAAUGAUCAGAGUGAUGAAGAGGAGCUGAUCCGGAGCAGACACGGUGAGUCCAGCCCGUCCUCUCCCACAUGUCCCUGCUGUCCCACAUGUCCCUGCUGUCCCUACUGUCUCUACUGUCCCUGCUGUCCCUGCUGUCCCUGCUGUCUCUGAUGUCUCCACACGGAAGUGUCUCUGUCUUCUUGACUUUGCGCCGUGUGAACUGUGAACCAGGUGUGAUGCCUGAAGACUCUCUGAUGGAUGAAGACUCGCCCCGCCUCUCCUCCGCCUCCGUCAGCAGUAAUGAGCGCGCUCCGUCGCCCUCUGACUCCUCCCACCGCCGCCCGGCGAGCCUGAUCUCCACGCUGUCCUCGGGCUCCGCCUCCUCCCGGGACGACCAUCUGGCCGCGCCCGACAUCGACCUGGACCUGAGCCCUGCGGGGGGCGCCGCGGACGGCGAGGAGGGGCCGCGGCCACGCCCCCAGCCCGACAGGAAGGGGCGGAGCCUCGGCCUCGCUCACAACAACAACAACAACAACAAGAAGGAGUUGACGCCGACCCGAGCCUCCGGCCGCCGCCAGCAGUCCUCGCCGUUCAUCACCGGGAGCAUCAUGGCGCCCAACCCCCAGCUGACCUACCUGGACCGCGUCGUCAUGGAGAUCAUCGAGACGGAGAGGAUGUACGUCAGAGACCUGCGCAUGAUCGUAGAGGACUACCUGUCUCACAUCAUCGACCAGUGCGACCUGUCGAUCCGCCCGGAGCAGGUCUGCUCUCUGUUUGGGAACAUCGAGGACAUCUACGAGUUCAACAGCGAGCUGCUCCAGGCUCUGGACCUCUGCGACCACGACCCGGUGGCGGUGGCCAGGUGCUUCGUCAUGAAGAGUGAGUACUUUGAGAUCUACACGCAGUACUGCACCAACUACCCAAACUCGGUUGCCGCGCUGACGGAGUGUAUGAGGAAUAAAACUCUAGCAAAGUUUUUCCGGGAGCGUCAGGCGUCUCUGAAGCGUUCGCUGCCUCUCGGUUCUUACCUGCUCAAACCUGUCCAGAGGAUCCUCAAAUACCACCUGCUGCUACAGGAGAUAGCGAAGCACUUUGACCCUGAGGAGGAGGGCUACGAGGUGGUGGAGGAGGCGAUCUACACCAUGACGGGCGUGGCGUGGUACAUCAACGACAUGAAGAGGAAACACGAACACGCCGUCAGGCUGCAGGAGGUCCAGUCCCUGCUGCUGGCCUGGAAAGGUCCGGACCUCACCACGUACGGAGAACUGGUUCUGGAGGGAACCUUCAAAGUCCAUCGAGCCAAAAACGAGAGAACGCUGUUCCUGUUCGACCGCAUGCUGCUCAUCACCAAACGCCGCGGAGAGCACUACGUCUACAAGACGCACAUCUCUUGCUCCACUCUGAUGCUGAUUGAAAGCGCCAAAGACUCUCUGAGCUUCAGUGUGACGCACUACAAACACCCCAAACAGCCUCACACCGUCCAGGCGAAGACGGUGGAGGAGAAGAAGCUCUGGGCUCAUCACAUCAAACGCAUCAUUCUGGAGAACCACCACGCCCUCAUCCCACAGAAGGCCAAGGAGGCCAUCUUGGAGAUGGAUUCCAUAUACCCUCCCAGGUACCGGUACAGUCCUGAGCGGCUGAAGAAAGCUAUGUCCUGUCAGUCUGACGAGGUCCCGACAGACGGACGCCAGGGACCCCGGGAGUCUGAGUCGACCAAACACGUCCUGAAGAAAUCUGAAGGUAAAAACAUAAUAUGGAGGAAUGAUGAGUGUGUGUGUGUGUCUGUGUCUGUGUGUGUGUCUGUGUCUGUGUGUGUGUCUGUGUGUGUGUGUGUGUGUGAGGCGGACGAAGAUCACGGUCGACUUCCUGCAGAAGACAAACCGACGUGUGAGCAGCCCUCCACAGAUCAGCUGCCACAGGAGCAGCAGUGUGACCCGACAGAGAGCCCAGAACCAGAUCCUUCCUCUGAUCCCGAGGGUUUGUCCGCCACACCUCCCAGGAUCCCAGAGCCUCCUCAGAGCUCCGACCUGAAAGAUGAGAAAGACUCAGAGCCCACGGAGCAGCCGUCCUCCGCCACGCCGGACUCAGACUCAAAAACCUUGAGCAGCGCCGAAUCCUCCGAGGACGAGGAGGACGUGAAGGAGGCGCCGGAGAAGGCGGGUGAAGCCAGCAGCAUCCUUCCUUCCUCCGUCCUGGACAAAGCCGGCGCCAUCGCUCAGCACUUCACCAGCAGCAUCAAACGAGGCGUCCUGGCGCAGGACGACCCGCGCUGCGCGUCCCCGCGGCUCCCCUCCAGGACCGGCAGCAGCCCCAGCCUCGGCGCCAGGACCGGCAGCAGCCCCAGCCUCGGCGCCAGGACCGGCAGCAGCCCCAGCCUCGGCGCCAGGACCGGCAGCAGCCCCAGCCUCGGCGCCGAGCCCGCCGACCGACCCCCGCGGCUCAGCAGCGGCUGUUCAGAUCCCGCAGAGACCUUCGGCGCCACAGAUUUGACCCUGCUGUCCCCUCGGGACGACAGCCUCUUUGAUGCCGAGCGAGGCAUUCGGCGGAGGCGGGACUCCACCCUGUCCAAGCAGGACCAGCUGCUCAUCGGCAAAAUCAAGAGCUACUACGAGAACGCGGAGAGCCAGGACGCCACGUUCAGCCUCCAGCGCAGAGAGAGCCUCACGUACAUCCCGACCGGGCUGGUCAGGAGCUCCGUCAGCCGGCUCAACAGCAUCCCAAAGGAUAAAGACGUCCAGACCAGUGUCUCCGCCUCCACCACAUCCUCCAGCCACGAGUCAAACUCGCCCUCUCAUACCCGAGGAAACUUGGCCCCCAGUGACUCUUUGGACUCGUUCAAGUCUGAUCAGAGAAGUACGGAUCCAGAAGAUUCAGAAGAGAGCCACUGGUCCAGAUCUAAUAGCCUGCAGGACAAUCCGUCCGAGGACGAAGAGUUCAGACCUUCUUCUGAAAUGAUCAAGAUCUGGCAGACGAUGGAGCGUGAGAUCCAAGACCGAGGGUGCGAUCGCUACCGAGUCGGACUUUCUGACGCCACGAAGACCCCAAAGAAGAGCAGCGACCAAGACGGUGGGUCGUCUGACCUCAGCACCAUCACGGAGGAGUCCAGGAGUCCGUCCCCCUUCAAGCGGACAGGAAGUCUGAAGGAGGCCCUGAUGGUGUCCGGGGGUCCUGCUCCUCGGGGGGCCCCGCUGGAGGCCGAGGGCCACGACUCCAACCAGCUGGACGACGAAGACAAGACCAAGAGCAAAGUCCUCCACCUGGCCCGCCAGUACAGCCAGCGCAUCAAAACGACCAAACCGGUGGUCCGGCAGCGGAGUCAGGGGCUCCUGGUCAGCAGGAAGACCUUAGCCUGCGUGGUGGAGGAGAAGGAGAGCGCAGGUAAAGCCAGCCUGACUCUGCCGCUGAGCCCUGCGGACCAGGUCCAGCCGGCGACCCCCCCGGCGGUCUCCUCGGGCCGGGCUCGUUCCCGCAGCCCCCUCAGCCCCCUCAGCCCUCUUCCCCCCGUCGAGGGCUUCAACUGGCCCGACGUCCGACAGCUGCGCUCCAAAUACUCCGAGCACGGCCGCUCCCAGAAGAGUCCGGUGGGCCGGAGCCGCUCUGUCCCGGAGCAGAUGUUUGACGGCAGUCUGAGGAGGCACUCCAGCUGCUCCCCCGGCCUCCUCCUGGCUGACGGAGGUCCCGGCCUCCUCCUGGCUGACGGAGGUCCCGGCCUCCUCCUGGCUGACGGAGGUCCCGGCCUCCUCCUGGCUGACGGAGGUCCCGGCCCGGUUCCUCCUCACAGGCCUCGUGACGGCGGGCGAGAGGAGCGCAGGAAGCGUCUCCACAGAGCCAACUCUCUGGACCCCCGGCUCAGCGGGCCGCAGAUCUCCGAGCUGCAGAAGCUGCAGGAGCAGGUCGCUGCCGCCGACGGUUACUUCGUCGCCGCCGAGUCGCAGCUACCCAACGACCCCGAACACAAAGUCAUCGUGAUGGAGAAGCUCUCUGAGCCCGCUGGAGCAGCCGACGAGGAAGAAGACGAGGAAGAAGACAGCUACAUUCAGAUCCGUUCGCCGACCAGCAGGGAGAAGAUCUCCAUCAUGGCCGUCAUCGACCGCUGCCGGCUCUAUCAGGACUCUGACGAGUACAAACAGAGGGAGGACGUGAGAGCCCGAGCAGAGCCGGGGAGGUUGCCGGAGCUCCACGCCGCCGCCGCAGCGUCCGCCAGCGAUCAGGACGACGAGCCCCAGAAAACAAGCUCGGACUCGGGACAGAAGACUGAAGCUGGUCAGCAGAGCAUCGUGAAAAAUCUGAGGGAAAAGUUCCAGAGCCGGAGCUGAAGAAAACAAAGUACAGAUAUUUAAAGAGGAGUCAUGUUUGAACUGUCAGAUUAAUUAUCCUAAACAGAAAACUUUUAACCAUUUUACUGCUUCAUUUCCUGUGAAUAUUAAACAUGAAGACAGAAUUCUCGUGGUUACAUAACUUUAUUUUAUGUCAUAAUUAUUGUGAUCUCAAGAAAACAUUUAGAAGAUUACAGCAGCUUGUUUUAUACGAAUCCAGAAGAACUCUUUUUCCCAGCAUCCUCUCUGGCACUUUGUAGAUAAAUGAAUAGAAAAGUGUGAAUGUGUUCAGUCAGGAUGUUCCUGUGGUGGUGCAGAGGCUGGCAGCAGGGGGCGCUGCUCAUAUGUUGCACCUCCUUUACGGACAGAAACAGACACAUGGAAGUUAUAAAAUAAGUUCCCGUCUUUCAUAUUCAGAUGGAUUUUAAAAAGAUUCCAGUGAAAUGGACUCGAUGAGGCACAGAGCCGAACAUCCCCAACAUCAGAUGUUCAACUGAACUUUUGUGGUCUUGGUCUUCAGACAGCCGACCUCUUCACCCUGCUGCCUCUGAUCACCUCCAUGACCUCCGUGAUGGAGGAGUCUGGAGAUAGUGGCGCCCUCUAGUGGCCGCAGUGACUCACAGUAUGAAGCACAAAGAGUCAGUUAGGGAGGGAGGGUCCAACAAACCAGGACUUUCACCAGCACACAGGAAAACAAAAAGACGUAAAGAGACGUAAACAUUACCAAAGAAAUGAUGAAAAAUGAGACAAAAUCAACAAGAAAAACACGUAAAAUGACCAAAAAGGAGACAAAAUGUUCAAAGAAGACACAAAACGACCAAAAUAAAAUCAUAAAAGAACACAAAAGGCAUCAAUAAAAUGACCAAAAAAGACAUAAACCGAGAGUCUUAGAUCAGUGUUGGUGUCCAUGUUUGACCAAAGUCCACCAUGUGAUUCAAACAUCUCUUAACUUCCUGCAUCAGGUUUUUACUGAACUAUGUCACUUCCUGUAGUCAGGUCGUCCUCCUAACUACUUCACUUCACCAUUUACAUCAUUUAUUCACUCUUUAAACUCUUUUAGAGCCCAACAGGAACUGUCUGAUAACUAAUGGGUUCAGAGAGGAUUCUCUAAUCCAGAUUAGGGAGGUUACAGAAGUGAAUGUGUAGUUCUGAAAAUACAAGAAACAAAAAGCUUAAAUCACAUUCUUCCAAACAUUUACAAUUAUAUAAACUUAAACAACCUGGUGAUACAUUCAUACAUUCAUAGAACUAAAGUUAUCAAUAAGUAACCUGCACUCUGUUUCCUCUCAUAACUUGCUCAACAACUGUAGAAACACAGGUAGAUACUCACACACACAAUCACAGAGUAAAAAGGAAAAUGGCGUUCAUUGCCUCGACUGAUCAAAACGCAACAACAACAACAACAACAACAACAACCAUCAGGUGGUACGUGAAGGGUCUUUCAGACAGGCCCUGACCUGACAGAAGUGCUGACGGAGCACUAAUUCAACCAAACCAAAGCUUUUUGUUCCAGCAGUGAACCUUACCAUGUCCUGAGACUCUCAUAGGAGUCUAUGGGUGCUGUGUAGGAGACUCUGAGGGUCAGAGGCAGCAGGACGGACUCUAGUCUGUGACGUGAUGUGAAAGUUAAAGUUGUUGCUGUUAUGAGCCAAACAAAGUUCUUCUGGUUCUUUGUCAAUGUCGCCUGAUUUUCUGUUGUUAUUUUUUAUUUUUAAAUCUACGAUAAUUUGACCUUUAAAGACUUUGAGAGCAUCGACGUUUCUGGACCUGCUGAGUGGUUUAAAUAACACUGAAACUAAUAAAUGAUUUAUUUAAAUCAGUAAAUGUUUUGAUAUAUUUUUAGCAUUAAAAAUCAUUAAAUCAUGAGUCUACAAACUGUAAUUAAUGUAUUUAGUGAACAUUAUUGGAGGUAUUUCUUUGUGUUUGUGCCUUUUUAGUUUUUAUAAUUUAUUUCAAAGUUUAUUUGAACAUUUUAUUUAUUUCCUGUUCAGUUUUGUUCUCCACUGACUUUAAACAGCUCAGUUUCCUGUUCGCUGUUUAUAUUUGGGUCAAUGACGUCAUCUAACACAGUGUCAGUUGGUGUAACCGUAAUCUGAUUAUAUUCAGAGAAAUAAAUGUGAACGAAAAUGAGAAAAAAUACAAUCCACGUUUACAUUGCAACACUAUGGUAUAUCACACAUUUUACAUAAUUUGUCAAAACUUUUGGGAAAAAAUGGUUGUUCUGCUCAAAAUUGACGAAAUGUGUAAAUGUAGAAAUAUUUUAAAAAAUUUCAUUUGAUGUUUUUUAAAAUGAAGUAAUUAUAUGUACAAGUCCACUUAAAUACAAUGUAGGUGGAUGAAGUAUUUAAUAUUUAUCAUUUUUUGUGGUUACACCAUUUGACAUCUUGCCAACCCUUAUUUGUCACUGAUCCAUAUAUAAAUAUAAUAUAUAUCCACAAACAAAUCUAUACGAACCUGUUUAUAUGUCAACAGGGGACCUCUGCUCCUGAUUAAAACCACGUACAGGACCUGUGUGUGUGUGUGUGUGUGUGACAUCACAGCUCCCUCUCGACCAAUCACAGAUGAGAAACAAGAGAAACAUUCCUUUGUGUCUGAGUCUAAAGUUCAAAGGUGAAUCAUCCGAUCAUCAUGUUUGGAUCAAUAUAUUUAUAAAAUUAUGUUUUUACUCUCAGUGAAUAAACGAACACCUGCUUCUGUAUUUAUACGGAAUAUAUUUGAGCGUGAUGACAUCAUCAGGUCAUGUGACCGACCAGUAGAACAGGCUGAGUGAACUCCGUCUGGAGAAUCUUUGCACUGUUUCCAUUUUUCUGAAUUGCAGUUUUAUUUUCAGUGGAAGAUAAAACUAAUGAGGAUGGAUGAGGAGAGAACAGACCAGGGUACGGGCUGAAAUAUGAGCCACCAGAAACUGAAUUAGAAUUAUUUAUACUUGAAUUUGAGUUGCUAAACUUGAAUAAUUGCAUU